AUGUACAUCUUCAUGCAUGGUCUUGCAACUCACAACUACGAUCGCUUCGCAAACGCAAUUCAACAAGGCGCUGCAAGCACUUCCGCCUUUCUGAUCCCAAGCAUCAUCGUUCAAUUCAACCUCGAGCGGGCAGUGCAAGCACUGAACAGUUGGCACGAUAAGAUAUACUGGCACGAGCGAAAAUUGGGCAUCCGAUUCGAUCAUCAUGACAAUCCACCGCUUUCGAGUAUCGACUUCGGCAACCUUUCGAAAGACAUCAACGCUGCGAACACCAAUCUUGCUCGCAUCGUGUUGUCAUGCAAGAGCAUUACGCGCAUGCUUGAUUUCCUUGAUCAGGUCGCAAAGCGCUAUAGGACGCAAGCCGAUGCGAACAAGAUUGAUAACGAUGAAUUAACUGAGGUAGAGCAACUGCUGCUUGACUCGCAUGCGCACAUGCGAUCAUGGAACGCGGGUCUCGAGGACCGGGCAGAGUACUUGUCGAAGCGAGGACAGGCUUUGGUGCAGACUGUCUACAGUGGCAUUGCGCAGCGCGACUCCGCAAUAAGUCUUCGUUUGGCGAGCACAAGCACGAGCCUUGCACAAUCGUCACAAAGCAUAGCGCUGUCAACUUCGCGCGAUAGUAAGACUAUGAAGAUCAUAGCUGCUAUUACUGUGUACUUUCUCCCAGCAACCUUCACCGCCACAUUCUUCAGCACCUCCUUUUUCGACUUCAAACCCAAACAAGACAAUAAGGUCUACUCACAGUGGCUGUGGUUGUACUUUGUGGUAACAAUCACACUGAACUUUAUUGUCUUUUACGGGACAUCGUACAUGUGGCGUACAAGAGAGUUAAAUAAAAGCCCACUAUCUGCCUUAUGGCGGCCAGAUAAAGACCAGGAAGCGCAAAUUGUGGAACAGUCUGCAAAUGGGCCUGAUCACGAGAUGGAGCAAUUUUUCGAGCAAGAAGUUGGCCCUGGAGUGCCAGAAGCGAGUUUGCGCACGAAUUUGGAAUACGCGCAACCUGAUCGGCGGCAAACACGUUAUGCGCGAACUGAGCCAAACGCACAAUGA